GGGAAAAAAAAAACAGAUAGAACAUAAAGAGCUGGCACAGGAACAGCAUAAGAGUCCACACAUGAUUCUUUCUCUUCUUCUCAAUUCUCAUCAUCCACUUUAAUCUCUCUCUUUCAAUCCUAUAAUAAAAAGCAAGUUUAUCUCUGGAAUUAAGUGUCUUUGCACAUUCACAAAUCCACAAAACAUGGAACACAAAAGAAGAGGAACCACUUCAUCAAAUGAUGUUCUGUUCUCAACUCUUAUCCUCAUCAUCAUAGUACUUUGUUCUUCAGGAUCUUUUGUUGUUGUUGAUGCUUACAAGAAUUACACAGUGGGAGAUUCUUUAGGAUGGUUUGAUAGUACCAUGAAUUCUGAGAUCAAUUACCAGAAAUGGGCUUCCAAUAAAGUUUUCAGCUUGGGUGAUUUCUUAAUUUUCAACACAGACACCAAUCACUCAGUUGUCCAAACAUACAAUGCAACAACAUACAAACAAUGUGACUAUGAUGAUGCACAAGACAAAGACACAAACCAAUGGCUUCAAUCAAAUCCAUCAAACACAGAAACACAUUCAAUCUCAGUGUCAGUUCCUUUGAAGAAGGAAGGUGUCACCUACUUCUUCUCAAGUGACUAUGAUGGUGACCAAUGUAGAAGUGGACAAAGGUUCCAAAUCAAUGUCACUCAUGGUCAAGGUUUACCUAAGAGCCUUAAGGAUCCUUCUGAGGAUUCUGCUCCUUCUCCUUCCGGCGCCGGUGGCGGUGUUGCCGGCGAUGAUGAGGCUGCACCGGAUACUAUUGUUCCGGCAAAUUUUAAUCACCCCAAGUAUGAAAAUAGUGAUAGUAGUGGUGAUGACGAUGAUAAUGAUAACAAGGCAAAAGGAAAAGCUAGUUCUGAUUCUGUGUCGAUUUAUGAUCAAAUUCAUAUGAAAUUAUUUGGGUUUCUCGCUUUGUCAUUGGUCGUUUUCUUGUUAUAAACUAAGAGUGGUGGUGAAAAUUUACGUGCAAUAGUCUUUAUAAAGUUGAUAGUUAAAAAUCGUUAUAUGAUUUGAUAUGUUUGACUAAAUUAUCAUUUAACAAUUUUCAA